AGGUCGCUGCCGCGCCAAUGCGGAGAUAAGACGUCAGAGGGGAAAGGUCAACAGAAACAUGGCGGCUCCCGUGGAUGACAUGUUUUCCUUCUGCGUGGACCCCGGCAAAGUCUCCACCUGCGUGGACGUUCGAUUUAUAAACAGUUUGAAGGGAAAGGGUCUCUUUGCCAAAAAGAGCAUCAAGAAGGGAGAUGCCAUUUUCCUUGAGCGGCCUCUGGUCUCUGCUCAGUUCCUGUGGAAUAAUUUGUAUAAAUACAAAGCCUGUGAGUUCUGUUUACGCGCUCUGGAGACGGCUGAGGAGAAUGCCAGGAGACUCAGCGGGAUGCCUGGCCUCAGCCUUCCUUAUCCCGAGCUGUGCCGUGUUCGACCAGAGCUGCACCAGGCCUGCCCCCACUGCCAGGUGAUGUACUGCAGCAGCGAGUGUCGACAAGCUGCAGCAGAUCAGUACCAUCGAGCUCUGUGUUUGGGUUCCUCCCAGGACGAUCCGGACCAUCCCAUCAACAAGCUCAAAGAUGCAUGGAGGAGUAUGCAUUAUCCCCCCGAGACUUCCAGCAUCAUGCUAAUGGCCAGAAUGGUAGCUGCUGUCAAACAAGCCAAAGACAAAGCACACUGGCAGAAGCUGUUUUCUCACUUCUGCAGCAGGACCGGGAAUGAAGAAGAGGAGAUCGCCCAUAAGCUCCUGGGAGAGAAGUUCAGAGGGCAGCUGGUUCUGCUACAGAGCCUUUUUAAAGCAGCACUUCAUGAUGAUCAUCUUAGUCGGUGGUUUGUCCCUGAGGGUUUCCGCUCCCUGUUCGCUCUUGUGGGAACUAAUGGACAAGGCAUUGGCACAAGCUCUUUGAGUCAGUGGGUUCACGCCUGCGAUGCACUUGAGCUUCCUGCCCAGCAGAAGGAGCAGUUGGACUCCUUUAUCGACCAGCUGUACAAGGACAUCGACAAAGAAACGGGAGACUUCCUAAACUGUGAGGGAUCUGGACUGUUUCUGCUUCAAAGCUCAUGUAACCACAGCUGCAUACCCAACGCGGAGGCGUCCUUCCCCGACAACAACUUCCUGCUUCAGCUCAGCGCCCUCAGUGACAUCAGCCCAGGAGAGGUCAGCUGACACAUCUGGGUUCGCAGUGAUAAAUUCUGGCGCGGCAUGGACGGCACAGAAUAUCCCUCUCUGGCUUUUGCGCGCUCCCUUGUCAGCUGGUAUUAGAAGGCUGAGGCUUUGAGGACUGGGGUUGGUUUGUCAAGCUGUCAGACAGAAUGAGAAGCCUUGCGUCUGCGCGGCGCAGUAAUGUCACGGCGGCCGUGCUGCUCUUCCUUCAAAUCUCCCGGAGACGGGAAGUCUUUGUUUGCUACCAUUAGAAAGAUGGACAUAGCGACUUCCUGCAUGAGGCCGUAACCUGAAUUAUUUCUGCCCUUUUUGAAAAAUACCAGUAGCGUGUCCGUAGGACUUAACUGGAAUUGUUUAGUUCAAUUAUGUUUUCUUCAAUUUUCAGGAGAUCUCGAUCAGUUUUUGGACUGCUGUCAGCGGGACCGAAGCCGCUAUAGCAGACACAAGGUUCUGAGGGAGAACUACCUGUUUGUCUGCUCGUGCCCAAAGUGCAUCUCUCAGAUGCACGAGCUGGAUGUGACAUCAGAAGAGGAGGAAGAGGAGGAGGAGGAAGAAGGCGAGGCGGAGGGGGACGAGAUGGAAGACGAGAUGACGGAUGUCUGACGAGAGUCCCGGCCGUAUAGUUCUCAGCCACCACAAACCCCCGAGGAAAAAAACAGUCCAAACCACGAUCUGCAUUUCACCAAAACAGUCGGCACUUUGAGAGCAGCCACAGGAAGACGUACGCCAGUAUUAGGACAGAGUUUUAGCUGUACUUAAGCACACUGGGUGUUUUGAAAUAAAACAAAGACUAUGAUUUUCCACUUCUACGGUUAAUGACUGAUAGGUAUGUGUAUAGAAAGGCUGACGUUUCUAAAACGUUCACCAAAUGUGGAUGGAAACACCUCAAUCAGUUAAACAAAAGCAUUUGGCUGACUUUGUGGCAGCGCGACUGGUUAUUAUAGAUGACAUAUCGCCUGAUUGAAUAGUUCAUAAACACCCCAUGAAAACCUUCUGCUAUAGUGGUUACAUUUCUCCCUUUGAUGCAGCGAUCAAGUGUACUCAAGUACACUGUGACACCACCAGGUUACGUAUGCAGCACGGCAUAAUAAUUCUGAGAUGAAACAAAAUUCAAACUGGUGAGGGCCAGUAGAUUUGUUUUUAACCGCUGCUGCUAGAAGCAUCCACAAUAACAAUGGUGAGAAUGAAUCACACGAAUCAGUUGUAAGCCUCUAAAGACCGAGGGGAACUGCAGAGGAUGAUGAUUAUUCUCAAUCCUUCAAUCCAUUGUGAAUAAAUGAUCAGAGCAGUUUUAUAUUACGGCUAAAAGUCAGAACUUAAUCCUUGUGUUAUUUGUUCCACCUCAUUCAAUGUGCCGGAGAACUGAGUUUAAACCACACUGUCCUUGUACUUAUUGCACUGCGUCUGACCUCCUUGUCCACUAAAUCAAACUUUGAAGAACUUUUAUCGUUUCUUGUUCCUGGCAACUCAACAAGGCGAAGCGACGAAGCCAAGGUGAAUUGAUUCUCAGGUGUUUUUCUCCACUUUAGAAGUUUCUUAUGUGAUAAUGCAUCAUUGCAUUGAAGAGGCUUUUUAUUUAUGCACCGUCGUAAUUGCAUUCUUGUCAUAUAUGGUCGACGUGCACGCAGUGAUAUGUACUUCCGUUUUCCCACAAUGAUCUAUGAGGUUAAGUUAAACCUCCCUUAAUGUAUUACGGAGACCUUGAGUAGAAAAUUGCUUUGUCAGUAACUGUUUGCCCUUUGUUGAGGACUGUAUUUCAUAACGCAGUUCCACAUGAGCAGAAGUGCGGCCGCCCACUCGUGAAUCAACAUUACACUGUCUGUAAUCACAAAUCCCAAUAUUUUCAAGGAGUGGAAAAAUGGAAUGCGUAAUCAGGUUUUUUUUGGGUUGUCAUCCAGCACGGCGGCACGGGAGAAUGUGCACGUCACAUGUGUACGAUUUGAAUCAUACAUGCAAACAGGAGCCAUUGCCAAGUUGUCAUUUUUACUACUGUGGCAUAAAGCAUUAAAAUUGGAUAUUUGA